AUGUCUUCAUUUGCUCAUCAACGUCAACUAUUUCUACGUCAAUUAAGUCAAACAUGUCCCGAAACUAUGCAAAUUUUAAAAACUUAUCUAUCGAACUAUUCAAAUUUAAUUUCUCCAUCGUACAAAAAAACUCGUGAUCCAUUAGCAAUGAAAGAACUUUCAUCUAAAUGUCCAUCUUGUUCUCAUUUAUAUUCAACAAAUUCAUUUCAUUAUCGUGGAAAACUUCAUAUUAAUCAACAUUUACAUCAUCUUUUACGAAUUCGUCGUAAAUAUAAACGAAUUCCAUCACCAAAUACAUACAAACGUCGUUUAUUAGAUAAUUUUACUAGUAAAUCUCGUUCAAAAUUAUUCAUCAAAUGUUUUCAUUGUGGAGAAAUACGAAAAUUUCAUGGUGCAACAAGAAAAGAAUUAUCAAAUCAAAUAAUUAAAAAAAUCGAACCUAUUAAACCAAAACCUCUUAUCAAUAAUCUUAAAUUAAAACAAACAUUUGAAAAAGCAUCUUGUCGUUUUUUAAAAAAAGAAAGUCAUCUUCGAACAUUUCUCGAACAACUUUAA